AUGAAUCAUUUGGAAAUCUUUGUGAUAAAGACAUUUGAUUCGGAACAUAGUUGCAGCCUGAGUGAUAGAGUAUUGAAUAAUUUGGUUGCAACAACAGUUUUUGUCAGUGAGUUUACUGCACCAAAGUUAAUUAAUUACAAGAGAAUACACACACUGGGGGACAUAAUUGAAGAGUUGAAGGCAAUCUAUGGUGUUGAUAUUAACAACAUAAUGGCUUGGCGGGUAAAAGAAAAGGCAAUUGCGAUGCUUAGAGGAUGUAUUCUUCCAUUAGCUUACGGUGUUGUGGAUUCCGAAAAUGACAAUUCGUGGACUUGGUUUUUUCAUCAAUUUAGAGAAGCAUUUGGAGAACGGGACAACAUGUGUGUUGUAUCGGUUCGAAAUGAGAGUAUCAUAAAAGGUGUGAGCAUUGUUUAUCCUAAUAUCCCCCAUCUUGCAUGUAUUUGGCAUUUAUGGAAAAAUAUUUGUAAAUAUUUUAGAAAAAGCAAAAAUAGACUUAGUGACCUUUAUUAUUCCAUGGAUAAAGCAUAUAGAAAAGAAGAUUUUGAUUACAUUAUGUCAAAAGUUGGAAAGGUUGAUCCAAGGCUUAAGGAAUAUCUGGAAGAAGCUGGAUAUAAUAAAUGGUCUCGAUGUCACUCCCCUGUUAAUAAGGGUAGAAUGAUGACCUCUUGUUUGGUAGAGGCUAGAGUACUUCCUAUUUUAGGUUUCCUUGAAGAAGUGAGGAUUCUAUUUGCUGCAUGGAAAUGUAAGAACAGUGAAAUUGCAUCUUAUACAAACACAACGCUUGGGAGAAGAUUUCAAGAAAUACUAACUGAUAAUAGGGUUAAAUCAUUGUGGAUGACGGCAGCUGGAAGUUAUCUGUACUGUGUGUAUGAAUCAGGAAGGAGGUACAUUGUUGAUAUUGAUCGUGGCACGUGUAACUGUUGCCAGGAUCAAAUUGAUGAAAUUCCAUGUGCACACGUAAUUGCGGUUUUAAAGAGUAUAAAUAUUGAUGUAAAAGAGUAUGGACGUUACUGUUCAGAAUCAUACCGUCCAAACACCAUUGUCAAGACAUAUGAACUCCCCAUAAUUCCUAUGCCAGAUAUGAAAGAUUGGAUUAUUCUAGAUUUGGUUGAUGCCGACGAAGUUUUGCCACCCAAAUACAAAAGACCUCCUGGGAGGCCAAAAAAGAAAGACAUUUAA